GAAUUCAUUGGGUUUGCAGCCAUGGUUACAAAAAAAAUAAGUUUCCACCGUUAGGCAAUGUUUUGAAAGGACUCUCUCCUUCGUAUUUGACAGUAAGCUAUCGAAAUGCUGAACGCAUUUGAUAAGAAAUAUCAACUUUACUUGCUAUUUUUUGUGUGGUACUUGUUGGUUUGCCUGUUUGUAAUGCUAUGGUGUCCAGAGUAAAGGCUAACGUUAGCUAGCGAGCUAGAUAAGUAGCCAUAAGCACUCUAGCCAGCUGUCAUGCGAGAAAGCAGGCCGCCGUCUCCGACGCUGCACUUGGACCUCGACAACUUUGAUACAACAGACGCUGAGGACAGCACAUAUGUUUUAACCAGCCCGCGGUCGUUGGAAUCAUGUGCAAGACUCGGCGUCAAACCUGUUGAACUUUUAAUAAAAUAUCUAAGCGAUUUCGUUGAUGACAACGUAAACCCAGAUAUCCCGUUUAAGGCACUGACAGUUCUGUACGAGGCAUACGAAAAGGAAGUGAGGGGGGUUUUGCGGCUGUGCCGUGAAGAGAGAGAGAAGAUUAUCUUAAAUACGAAAGAAAGACGACCGUCCGUUAAACUGUCAGCCCUCGAAACAGUCCUCGAGAUAGAAAGUCGGAACUCUCUCGAAGAUAUCAACUCAAGAAAGGACGCUUGUGAUGGUUUGAGAACGGGAGCAACUCAAUCUGUGGAUCACAGCCCCAGAAAGAAAUAUGUGAGCAACGGCAGGUCCUAUUCUGCUGCUAUCACCAGAGAAAAAAACAGAAACAGCUUGAGACCAACUGACAAGAACAUCAUGGUGUCCAGCCUGAGUCUUGGUGACCUCAGACACUCCCCGGCCAUAGAAAGGCAGUUGGAGAGGCUCACUCGAGACAUCAGGAAGAAGAUGAGUGUGACAGUCUCAGAGAAAGACCGUAAGAUAGCAGCUCUGAUGUUGGUGAAGCACCAAGAAGAGCAGACCAGGCUGAGGCUGAGCCAGCAGGAGGAGCAGGAGAGAGAGGAGGCCCGGAGGCAGGAGGAGGUGCGACAGGUCCAGGCUGAGCGCAGGAGGAGGAAGGAGCUGGAGAAGAGCAUGCAGCGGUGGCAGGAUGGGCUGGAGGCGCGGAGGAGGCAGAAGGAGCGCCAGGAGAAGGAGUUGGCCGGUCUGCGCGAGCAGGAGGUCCUACUGCAGGAGGAUCGCUGGAGGAGAAUCACAGAGGAGCAGGAGGUGCGGAGAAGAGACAAGAUAGAGGCGGCGAGGAGAGAAGCGGAGGAGCGCAAAUGCUUCCAGGAGCAGCUGCUCAAAGACAUGGAGCGUCUGGAGAAGGCAGAGAGGGAGAAGGAGGUGCAGCUGUCACAGGAGAAGGAGCAGAGGGCCACGAGGAGCAGGGUGAUCCGAGAGAGGAGGGAGAGGAAGAGGCUCCAGCAGGAGAACCAGAGGGAACAUCUCAGAUGCCUCCUCCUGAAGAGGGAGGUACAGCAGCAGAUGGAGGGGGAGGAGGCGCUGAUGAGGUGUGCCCUGGAGGAGAAACUGCAGCGCUCCUGGGAGAAGAGGGCCCGGGCGGUGGCGGAGCGGCUCAGGGAGCUGCAGGUGAGAUGGGCCAGGGAGGAGGAACAGAUCCACAGGGCCCAGCUACGAGCCUCCUGGCACAGCCAGCAGCAGCUCAGAGACAAAGAGAUACUGGCCCAGUUGAGUCAGCAUCGUAUGGAGCAGGCAAGCCAACACGCUCACACCCAGAGGAGGAACAGGGCACAGCGGGCACAGCAGGAAAACAUGGAGAGACUCCUCUGCCACCAGCGCCUCCUAGACAGGGUACAGAGAGAGGAGGAGACCGAGAGGCAGCUGAGAGAAUGCUGCCUCUCCCUGAAGGAGCGUCGGCGGGAGCGUCUGCAGAGGCAGAGAGAGGAGGUGCAGGAGGAGGCUCGUAGGGUGGCUCGCGCCUCCUUCCAUAUGAGGGAGAAGGUGAGGGAGGUGACGCACCGCAGGACCUUCGACCAGAUGGCUCUGCAGGCUCAGCUAGCUGCCUCCCUGCUGGGCCGGGUCAAAAUAUGAACACGCAUCUGUCCUGUUACACACAAAUACUAAGAGACGAGUACAAAGUGAUAGGGCCCAGUCCUGCUAUACAAAGUGAUAGGGCCCAGUCCUGCUAUAGGGCCCAGUCCUGCUAUAGGGCCCAGUCCUGCUAUAGGGCCCUGUCCUGCUGUGUUUGUAAAUGGCCUGUGCGGCUUUGCUACGUUCAUGUUUAUUUUGUUAAUACCUGUAAUUCUUGUCAUUCUUCCAGUGAUGAUACUACUGAAACAAUAGAUCUAUUGAAGUAUUCUUCAUCAGACAAUAGAUCUAUUGAAAUAUUCUUCAUCAGACAAGAGAUAUAUUGAAAUAUUCUGCAUCAGACAAAGAGUUUGGAUUGCUGUGUGAGGGAACAAUUAGCUUAGAGUAUUUUAGGUAACUAUUGAGAUCAAUUUGACUUGAGGACAAUCCUGGUCUUGAAUGUAGGCCGGAACUAGAUUUGACUACACACUUAAAAUCUACUGUCGCUAGUACUUGGCACGUCAUUUGUUAUGUCUCUAGAAAUAGUUAUGGUAGAGUAAAUAUGUACUGUAUUUCUACUGUAGUUUGACAUUUAUACUGUAUUUAUACUGUAGAUAUACUGUAGUUUGACAUGUUUACUGUAUUUAUACUG